UGAGGCUUGGAUUGGCAGGGACACUUCUCUCCGAAGUGGCGAUUUCGCUCUGAAGGAACAGGAGUGGCAGUGCUGUGUUUUCUUCAGUUUCUGGUCAGGACCUGGCGCCAAGGCCCUCCCUCCCUCCACCUCCCUUGGUCAUCCUGUUCCCCCAUAAAUGCAGGACUGAAGCAUCCCCUUCCUCCUAAGCUUCAUAUGGUCGAAAAAUGCCUGGAAUUCUCAUUUAAGUCUUGAAUACUGGCACCAGAUUUCCUCAUUGCUACAUCACUUGGCACCAAGCUCACGCUGAAGCUGACAAGAUAGCCAUUGCUGAAGGAGUUCCAGUCUUUGUUCCUGAGACCGAAAUCCAGAGUAAAGUAGAGCAACAAGGAGAAUGGCUGUGUCCACUAGAAAUGAGCACCAGGGUCUGUGGACAUUCAGGGAUCUGGAUGUAGACUUUUCCCAGGAGGAGUGGGACUGUCUGGAUUCUACAUGGAGAUCUUUGUACAUUGAUGUGAUGUUUGAGAAUUACACAAAUCUAGUCUUUGUAGAGAAAUACCUCAUACGUGGUAAAUAUGAGAACACUGUGAAUCAAGGCUCAAAAUAUAUUGUCUAUCAGCAUAUGACCAGGCGAGAGACAUCUGAUACUUAUGCUGUGCUUGGCAAAAUGCUUUAUGAAUCUUCCCAACCUACACAUAUCAAAAAUGACAGAACAGAAAACAGCAUCAAGUAUGGACUUGGAAAUUCUAAGGAUUCCUCCUCUAUUCAAUUGACAACUCUAUACAGUCAUAAAGAUGGGAAUGCUGAAGAACUUUGCAAAUAUAAAGACUGUCAGAAAUGUUUAAAUUUGUAUCCUGUUAUUAGUCAAAAUGAAAGAAUACACACUAGAAGGAAAGAACAUAAAAAUACAGCACAUGAAAAAGUAUCUUAUAUUAAAAAUAAAUUCAUGCUGAAAGAAAUCCAUAGUGGAAAAAAACCAUACCAAUGCAGAAAAUGUGGGAAAUGCUUCCAGACCUACUUGAACUUCAGGACACAUCAGGUAAUUCAUUAUGGAGAGAAACCAUACAAAUGUACAGCAACCAGCAAGUGUUUUAAUCACUUGGAUAAUGUUAAAGACCAUAACAUAACCCUCACUGGAAAAAGACUUUACAAAUGUAAUGAUUGUGAGAAAUCCUUUACCAGAGGCUCAUGUCUUAGAAGUCAUCAGAUAAUUCAUAUUGGAAAGAAACCUUACAUAUGCAGAAAAUUUGGUCAAUGCUUUAGCCAGCGCGCAAACCUAAAAAGCAAUCAGAGAAUGCAUAUAGGAGCGAACUCUUACAAAUACAGAGAAUGUGAGAAAUCCUUUACAUGCAGAUCAAGUCUCAAAAGAAAUCAAAUAUUUCAGACAGGAGAGAAACCUUUUAAAUGUAAUGAAUGUGCAAAAUCUUUUACAUCUGUCUCACGUCUUCGAAGACAUCAGAGAAGCCAUACAGGAGAGAAACCUUACAAAUGUGAUAAAUGUGAGAAAAAGUUUAAAUAUAGCUCAACUCUUAGAAAUCAUCAGAGAGUUCAUACAGGAGAGAUGCCUUACAAAUGUGAUAAAUGUAAUAAAAAUUUUAAGUAUAGCUCAAAUCUUAGAACUCAUCAGAGAGUUCAUACAGGAGAGAAACCUUACAAAUGUAGGGACUGUGAGAAAUCCUUUGCAUGUGCCUCAACUUUACAGAAACAUCAGAGAAUUCAUACAGGAGAAAAACCAUACAACUGUACCGAAUGUGAGAAAUCCUUUAGAUAUUGUUCACAUCUUAAAAGACAUAAGAAGAUUCACACAGGAGAGAAACCUUACAAAUGUGGUGAAUGUGGAAAGUCCUUUAUAUGUAGCACGAGUCUGGGAAACCAUCAGAAAACUCAUACAGGAGAGAAAACUUACAAGUGCCGUGAAUGUGAGAAAUCAUUUAAGUAUAGCUCAAACCUUAGAAAUCAUCAGAAAAUUCAUACAGGAAAAAAACCUCAUACAUGUAUGGAAUGUGCGAAGUCUUUUACACGUAUUUCAGAUCUUAGAAUACAUCAGCGAAUUCACACAGGAGAGAAACCUUACAAAUGCAGUGAAUGUGAGAGAUCCUUUAGGAAUACCUCAAAUUUUAGGAAACAUCAGCGAAUUCAUACAGAAGAAAAAUCUUCUUAGAAAUGGAGACUCUGUUACAUGUAGCUCUUAUUUUAAAAAUCAUCAGAGAAUCAUUGCAGUAAGAAACUUUAGCAAAUGUCACUAAUACUAUACCCAGAUAACAAACCUAAGAAUCCCAUCAGAAUUCAAAGUGGGAAGAAAACAUUCCACUGUAAAUGAUGUUGAAUGUUUUAUCCAAGCCAUGAUCUUACUACCUCUGAACAACAAAAUCAUGAACAUGAGAAACCUGAAAAAGCCUUUAUAUAAUUUUCAAAUCUUAGAAAUACCAAUAGUUUCCACUGAGGAAAAAGUAUGAACAUGGACAAUGUAGGAAAAUUUCAUUGAAACAUUUUACUUUUUAGACCAAAAAUACUGAACAAUAAAUUCAAAAUGGGUAAAACUGUAGAAUAGCAGUUGCUUAGUUUGCUUUUGGAAAUUGCAAUAUUUCAUCCCAAAAGAAGAUGAUUAUACAGGAAGCGAACAACUUCAUGUAUCUUCAGGAAGUCCCCGAAAGGAGAAUUUCUGAUUCUUAACUGCCUUGAAAAAAUAUAAACCAUUUACAAUGCUUAGAAGGGAUUCAGAUGAAUUGAACAUCAAAGACACAAUGCCCUCCUAACUUUAUGUGUGCAGUUUGCUUAACUAAACUUGUUCAUAAUCAUCCAGUGUUCAUAAUCUGUAUUGCACGGUGGGUGGGAAGUUAAUGGUAGCAACUGUCUUGAGUCCCUUUUACUACUGUUAUCAAUUCCUUCCCAGUAUUCCUAUCAGUAAUUGGAAUAAAAGGCAUCCAUUCAAAAAGA